AUGAUAUGUCCAAAUUUUACAGUGCCCGAUGGUUUUAGCACCGUUAUAGCAUCUGUAUGUUUUACUUCUGGCUGCCUAGCCGCAGUAGAAAACACCAUUUGCCUGUUUGUGGUGUACAGACUUCACUCUCUCCGAAAAACAGCGCGAUUUUUCAUGGCCUCGUUAGCCGCAUCUGAGCUUUUCUCUGGAGUAGCAGCGAACUUUAACAUCUCCCUUUUGUUAAUGCUACAUCCUUCAUUGGGCAGUGUGAUUCUUUGGAAAUUUGAAUCGGCUUUGUGGUAUUUCACAACAUCAGUUGUAACAUUUAAUUUGGUAAAUGUUUCAUUAGAUAGGUACAUUGCAAUAACCUCGCCUUUGCACUAUCACAUCAAAAUGAGCUUAAAGCGCUGCGUGGCGUUAAUACUUUUUUCCUGGAUUUUCGCUAUUCUAGCGGCAUCGCUUGCGUUCAUAGUUCCUUUAAUAGACUUACCCAAGCUAUGGAUUUGUGGGACGGUUACUGCAGUAUUAAUACCGUUUGGUAUUAUAUCAUUUUGCUACUUUAAAAUCUACAACGCAACGAGACGAACUUUCCCUGAACGUGAAAAUAUCACUGAUGCCCAGCAAAUCGCCGAAAACAAGCGACAGGCAAAGACUGCCAGAACGUUUGUGAUUAUAACAGGACUAUUUCUGGUUCUUUUUGCACCAAGUUUUAUUUUUAACUGCAUCCAGUUAUUUAGCACAUCGCUACAUAGAGGAAAGGGAAUGGAACAGUUCUGCACGCAGUUGAAUUCUAACAGAAUGGUUUGGAUUUGCAUCGCUGUUGUCUCGUAUUUCAGCGCGGUCUGUGAUCCCUGGGUGUAUGCGAUUAGAAUGCCUGAAUUCAGAGUGGCGCUAAAAGAGCUGUUUCAUUGUUCACGUCGACGUGCGAGGUCGAAAAAAUGA